AAAUGAAUGAUUCUGAACACAUGAAACUAUGGAUGUUUAUAUCUAAAUGUCAAUUCUGGGUUAUUCUAAUCACAGUUCUCAUUUCCUUAUUAUUAGUGGCCAAAGCAUUUUACAAUUUAAUGAAACGGAAAAGAUCAAAUUAUUUUGUUUUUCUUAUCAGUAUAAUAGCUGCAAAUGUGUUAACUCUGCUGAUAAUUCUUUUUGAUAUUUUCAACUUUUCAUUCAAAGGAACUCUCGUGUGCAAACUUGAACUAUUUAUCUCAAAUAGUGCAGCAUGCUUCAUAAACUGGAUCUGGUUAUGCUUAUUCACUCAACGAUUUUUUAUACUUUUCUAUCCUAUGAAGAGGUCUUCAAAAGGUUUUUUUGGAUUUAUGAGGUCUGGAAAGAAGUUGAUUCUGGCAACUGCUUGCUUUGCAAUUCUGACGCAGAGUUGGUCAUUGAUAUUUAUCGAAGAAGUUACAAUGAUGGCUGAUGAUUUCCAAUUGAUUGGAGUAUGUGAGCGGGAUGUGGAUAUUAUGAGUGAUUUUGGUUAUCGAAUUCUGGCAAUCGGAGAAGCUUUUGUCACCUAUGCAUUCCCGUUUCUUUUCACAAUUGUCAUGGAUAUUGCUGUACUUUAUCAAUCAGCUAAUUCAAGCUUCGUCGUAAUGUCAGCUGAAAAUAUCCGAUCAGAACAUAACACCCUUCUUCAUGUAAAUGAAACAGUUAAAAUACAAUCAUCUCAAUCAAUAAAACAAUCAAAUCGUCGACGGCAUCAAGCUGUCAGAAGAUGUCUAAUGAUGGCAACAAUUCAAGUUUCUCUAAAUGCUCCAUACUAUACACUUCAAUUAUGUGAUGAAAUAUUCAGUUUGAGGAAUUCAACAUCUUUGUAUUUAUAUUUGGAUGCAAUUUUGUAUUUUAUAUAUCUCCUUCAAUUUUCCAUGAUCUAUUGCUAUACGAAUCUACUGGUUGCUCCAAGAGGAAAAAGUUGUCGACAACCUAACAAGAUGCCUUUGAGUUGCACAACAAGCCUUCGAAGUGAAUACACAACGGUUUAAUACACUCGAUGUCAUUUCAAUUUUCUGUGAUCUCCAACAAAUUUGAUUUCUGCAUAUUGUGAUAAACAUAUACUAUUUAAAAAGUGAAACUUGAAGAUAAAAUAAUUUUUCUUGCUUUUCUCGAACAUAUAUAAACUGCUAUUAUUCGUUUUGUUGUGUAGAAGGUUUUAAUUGAGAAUUUAAAAAUAUAUAUUUACUCUUUGAAAAU